UUAUUUUUUUCCCAACUAUUAUUUAAGACAACCCCAACCUCUUCUUUUGCUUCCCCUCACUUCAAACUCAAACAAAAUAUUUCUGCAGCUGCUUAAAUUCUUCUCUGGUCAAGUAUUCUUGAAAUUACAAAACCACCCCCCAUAAAAACCAUUAAUUGCAAAACAGCCCCUCAAAAACCAUCUAUUUGCAUCCAAGGAGAUCGUAUUUCGUUCUUCGUAAAUGGAAAUGAGAUCGUCGAAGAAGAGAUUAUCGAGUAGAAGAUUGGGGAAGUUUCUCAAGGAGCAGAGAGGAAGGCUCUACAUUAUGAGAAGAUGUGUAGUUAUGCUUCUUUGCUGGCAUGAUUGAUUAAAUCAUUUAUUUUAUUUUGUUUUUCUUUGUUUUUUUACGAAUCGGGAAUUUGCAUUUCGUGUUUUACUUUGGACGGGUGAGGCGGUACGAACGUAAGUUUGAUCUGGCUCUGAUACUAUGUCGAAUGAUCACUU